GGUGGGAGGUGUAUAUUUUUGAGCCAAUCAGAAACUGACUUUUAAAGUUCCAAAAUCCCUGAAAAGGCAAAGAAAAGAAAGAAUGAUAUAUUGUCCCACAAGAUGAAAGAGAAGAGAGCAGAGUAGGGAAGAUGUUAUUAUAGUAGUAUAUAAGUAUCUAUCUAUCUAUCUAUCUAUCUAUCUAUCUAUCUAUCUAUCUAUCUAUCUAUACUCGCCCCCACUAUAGACAUCCGCUAUGGCUUUAGCAUCAUGUAUGGACCACUGGACACCAGCACAGCAUGAUUUAUUGCAGUUGUACAAGCCGGCAGCCUUACAGAUGUGCCCCAAGGAACCCCCAGAGCAAGAUGAAAGACAUUUAUAUCAUUCUACCACCAUCCCCUCCCGAAAUCCUGAUACGGCUGAAGAAGAUGCCUACUGGGACACUGACUUUCUCUUACAGAACUUCACUGACCGGCCUGUAGGUGGCGACAGCUGUAAGGAAGCCCUAAGCAUGUCAUGCCAAAUGAAGGCCCUGGAAAGCUUAACUCCAUCUGAUAAAUAUACUGAUACCGUUGCACUGUUGGAAGAGGAUGAAGCAAACCUGUUUUCACUAGCCUUGAGCAGCAGUGCUGAGCAAGAGGAAUACAUGAUGCCAGUGUUCCGGUCAGCACAAAUCAGCACGACUGACAAUACACCAGAGUGUGAUCAGAUGGUAAAUCCCCUGUAUCACACUCAGUACUUGGGAUACUCAAACUCACCCCUAACUAUCCUCCCUAAACCAAUCGACUCACACUUCCUAACUAAUUUGGUACCGAUCUUGCCAAGGCCACCAGAUCUGUAUUCUGCAUACCACCAUACUAUGCAGUCCAUCUCCUCUACCAGCCCCAACAUGCCAAGCCAGCACUGUGCUGUACCACCUCCUCAGCAAAAGAAGAGAGGCAAGUGUAAGCCACAGAGAGGAAGCGCCUCCCACCCAUGUACCAUUCUGGGCUGUGGGAAAUCUUAUAGUAAGAGCUCACACUUAAAGGCCCAUCUCCGCUCUCACACAGGUAACAAGGAGUUUAUGGGGAGUGUGUCAUUGUCUUAUUCCGCUAACCAGACCCCUGAGCCCCUUAUUUACAUCCAACCCAAGUCCAAGAAAACUCAGUUCUACAAUGUAGGGUGA